CUUCCGCAAGGAAGCGAAGCUUCUUCAAUCUGAACCUUCCCGCCACGUAUAUACCCUUGGCUCGCUGUCCUGUUCUGAAUUUUCGUCCUCGGGGCAGCUGCGUCUUGGACUCUCCCUUGCAAUAAGCAUCCAUGUCCACCGCGGCCAAUGGUCGCUCAGCAGUAGCCUCUUCCUCCUCCACUACCGCCGUGGACGUCUCCCCUGUCCACCUGGUAGUCUGCUGCCAUGGCCUGUGGGGUGAUCCGUCACAUUUGUCCUACAUCAUCAAGUCCCUCGUCAAGAAGUGGGAUGCCGAGGUAUCUCCUCGCAGCGCAGACGAGACUGAUGUGAAGACCGGCAAGGCACCAAAGGAGGGCGGUAAGACCAAGAAGGCGAGAGAUAGCAUGAGCUCAGCAGACGCUGUGACGGACGUCAGCGGCGAUACCGUCACAGGCGAAUCAGGCAAAGCUAAAGUUGUUAUUCUGAAUACAGCCUCCAAUGCUUGGGUGCGGACAUACGAUGGCAUUGACUGGUGUGCAGAGAGGAUUGUGCAGGAGAUUCAACGCGAGACGCAGCGCCUAAGCGACCAGAAGCGCAAAGUGACAAAGCUGUCCAUUAUGGGCUACUCGCUCGGAGGGCUCUUUGCGAGGUAUACGGCUGGCCUCCUCUACUCUCAAGGCUACUUUCGCGACGUCGAGCCGGUGCAUUUCACCACCUUUGCCACCCCUCACGUUGGGAUGAUCAGGACAAGAGGGUGGUUCCCCAAAGUGGCCUUCUACAUCGGAGGAAGGCUCUUGGGAAGGACAGGGGCUCAGCUUCACGUUCGCGACAAAGGAUGGCAUCUUGAUCACUUCGCGUCACCGCAGAGUGUGCCGCUAUUGCAAGCGAUGUCUUCUCCCGACUCAACCUUCUACAAGGCGCUCUGUGCCUUCCAUCAUGUUGAUUUCUAUGCCAAUGCAAUCUCUGACAUCACAGUCCCUUUCCGGACUGGAGGGUGUAUGUCACUCGAUCCCUGGGCAGGCUGGCCAGAGGGACGAGAGCUAGACGUAGCCGGCUCGGGCAUUGAAGUGGAGCGGCAUCCGGACUAUCCUGCGCUCUUGACUUCCGUCAAGGUCCCAUAUGGCCCGCCGCCGAAGAAGCCUUUGGGACAGAGGAUUUUGCAAGCCGUUGUGCCUCGGUCUUGGCCCUGGUUCCUCAAUCCGAAGAGGAUCCCGUGGCGAUUCCCGUUGAACUACAUAGGCGUAGCUCUGUUCCCGAUUGUUCUUCCCAUUCUCGUCCUCCUUAUCAUCACGAGGCUAGCAACGGCCACCAGGGCGAGCAACAAGCGGGUUGCUCUUCAGCAAGAGGAAUGGAUCAAAGGAAAGGGCUUGCUAGAGGAGGAUCCGGACGUCAAGUACGGUGAGGAGCAUGAGCGGGAUAGGAUCUCCAGCGUGCUGCGAGAGACAAUACAGGCAGUAGCCGAAGAGAACGUCGAAUCAGAAGAGCCUGCGACGGGUGCAAAUGGAAAUACGAAGCAGAGCAAGCUAGACGCCAAGUCACUGAAGAGUCGCAUCACUUUCCCGUACCUGGAAAUCGAAGUCACACCUGCGACUAGAGAAUACCUAGAUUCGCGCAUGACCCCCGUCGGUGGGCGUCAGCGAGACAUGCAAGCCAACCUGAAUGCCAUCCCUGGCUUGAGAAAGCACCUGGCUUACUUCGACCAGGUGAUGAACAGCCAUGCUAUCAUCAUCUGCCGUACGCCUUCGAUGGAGAUGCAUCGUCGUGGCAAGAUGGUGGUACAGCACUUUGUGGAUCACUUUGACGCAUAGACUUUUUACUUUAUUUGCAUGGAGCGCUGUGAGCGUAUUGUUCCCACUGGCUGCAUCUGUAAUGUGAAUUGUGUAUUCUGUAUCCG